UGUAUACCACCAUGCCCAGCCAAAGUUAUAUUUUUAGUAGAGGUAGUUUAGGAAUAUUUGCAGUAAAUUAUUCAAGAUAUUCGAAUUAACAUCCUAGCCCGACCUUGCCGCACCCCUUUUGUAAGACUGGUUUUUGUAUUUGAUCAGAUUUAGUAUGGGUCUUUGAAACGCUCCCAUAGUUUGGAAGGGAGGAAAAGAGUUAGCUUAUAAACCUGGGGUAACAUGGAAAUUCACUUCAGAUUCUCAGGUCUUUUCUUUUUUUCCUUCUCAAGCCUGUGGGUUUAAGUUCAUUAGGAAGCGACAAGAAUUGUGCCCUGGAAGACACCCCUGGCAGGCUUAAGCAUGCAAGUUAGAGAGUCAAGCGACAAUACUGUAAAAGUCUUCCUGCCUGUGGCUUUACCUGAGAAUAUGGACCACUCUUCUGUACACAUCUGUGCAUGUGUCGGUUUUGCUGACAGCUGUACAUUAUAAUCUCUCAAUGCUCAGGGUUAUUCCAAGCUGGAGGGUCUGGUGUGGUACAAUAGAACAUUCAUCUGGAAUACCUGCUAGUAAAAUACUUACUGAGUCAUGAAGACUGGGGCCAUCGUUUUUAUCCUUGGGCGUCUGGUAUCAAUAACCUACCUGCCUUUGGUGUUGACGACACUGGAGAUCCCUGAGAAGCUACAAAAAGCUGUGGGGAGAGUCAUUGUCAAUGCCACAGCAUGCAGUGUUACAUGUGGCCUUGGCUACAAGGAAGAGACAGACUGUGAGGUGGGUCCUGAUGGAGUGAGGAGAAACUGCACAUUCCAGCGUUUGGAGUGUGUGACCAACUGGAUCUGUGGGAUGCUCCAUUUCACCAUUGUCCAUGGGAAGAAGUUUGAGCUGAACUGUCUCAGCUCAGACAUCCUGGAGAAAGGGCAGGAAGCCUUCCGCUUCACCUGGAGGCUUGCUCGGGGCAUCAUCUCUACUAAUGAUGAGCUUUUUAGACCCUUCCGAGCCAAUUCCCCCUUUAUAGGAUUUAAACCAGCCUAUGAGUAUAAUGCUGGGACGUAUCGAUGUGACGUGCAGCUGCUAAAAAACUUGAAACUUGUCAAGAGGCUCUAUUUUGGACUGAGGGUUCUUCCUCCAAAGUUGGUAAACCUAAAUUUCCAACAGUCCCUUACUGAGGAUCAGAAGUUGAUAGACAAGGGCUGGGAAGUUAAUCUGGACAACGGGUCUAAGCCUCACCUCCCCGUAUGGCAAAGGAAAGUGACAUCAGCCUUGGGCAUAGGGAUUGUGGCUGGAGUGGUUGGCGGCGUGUUGGUGAGUGUUGCUGUCUUCAGGGUCCUAGGAGGGACUGAUGGCAGUGGGGACCGCAGCCACUUAUGAUGCAAGCCUUCCUCCCGGGAGGCUGCCCAGGAAGCCGAGCUAGCUUGUAUGUGAGUAUCCUGUGCCUCUGAUGGUGAAGUGGCAAGAGAGGGCUCUCAGCCAGAGUUGGCUAGGAGGCUGGGAAGAUGGUAGUUCACAGCAGCAUCCACCAUUGUAUUCAGGUUUCCCUGAUCCUAGAUGCUCAGGAGACCCACUGCAGGCAUUGCUUCUGUUACCAGGGAGAAUUCUGUCUUCCAAGCUUGUUUUUGUGCCACACUUCCCAGUGUGUGUGCCCCGCUCACUCCCACUCCACCUCUCUGAACAGUGUGUAUGGACCAGAAUGUACUAAUCACAGCCUUUUAUUUUGGGAAUUUUUUUUAUUUUUUUUGUUCAAUAAAAAUUCACAGGAA